AUCCACCCCGCGCGGUGACGUCACGCGGCUCUGACAAGCUGGUGGUGCCGGAAGAAAAGAUGGCGGAUCAUGAGGAGCAGCUAUCCGACGAGGAGAAGGUUCGCAUAGCGGCCAACUUCGUCAUCCACGCCCCGCCAGGAGAGUUCAACGAGGUGUUCAACGAUGUUCGAUUGCUGCUCAACAACGACAACCUCCUCCGGGAAGGUGCCGCGCAUGCGUUUGCCCAGUACAACUUGGACCAGUUCACCCCCGUGAAGGUCGAGGGCUACGAAGAACAGGUGUUGAUCACAGAGCACGGAGACCUGGGCAACGGCCGCGUCCUGGACCCCAAGAACAAGAUCUCCUUCAAGUUCGACCACCUGAGGAAGGAGGCGGGCGACCCGCGGCCCCACGAGGCCGACGGCGCCCUGGAGGGCUGGAGGGGCGCCGUGGACCCGGCGGUCCGGGCCUACGUCAAGGAGCACUACCCCAGUGGGGUCUGCACCAUUUACGGGAAGACCAUCGACGGCCAUCAGACCAUCAUCGUGUGCAUCGAGUGCCAUCAGUUCCAACCCAAGAACUUCUGGAAUGGACGCUGGAGGUCAGAAUGGAAGUUCACCGUCUCCCCCUCCACCACUCAGGUGGCAGGAAUCAUGAAGAUCCAGGUCCGUCGUUUAAAUGGGUCCCACUUCCUGUUUGCUGAGCUCCCUCCAGCUCACUCACUGUCUCUGCAGGUCCACUACUACGAGGACGGCAACGUGCAGCUGGUGAGCCACAAGGAGGUCCAGGAGGCCAUGGCCAUCUCGAAUGAAGCUUCGACCGCCAAGGAGUUUGUGAAGAUCAUGGAGGCCGCGGAGAACGACUACCAGACGGCCAUCAACGAGAACUACCAGACCAUGUCGGACACGACCUUCAAAGCCUUACGCCGCCAGCUUCCUGUGACGCGCACCAAGAUCGACUGGAACAAGAUCCUGAGCUACAAGAUCGGCAAAGAGAUGCAGAAUGCUUAACCCCCCCCCCCCCCCCCCCGUUUGCAUGACUGGAUAGGUGUAUCGUCUUUGUACAGAAAUUAGAGUAACUGGGACAAAGAAGUUUUGGUCACGUCACGCAUUGGAUGUUUACUUUUAUUGAUGUUUACUUUUGUUUUUAUACAGACGCGUUAAACUCGUCUGUAUAUCGACUCUUAUCGCAGUUAAAGACGAGCGUAUUUCAGUGGGGGGGGCUUGAGGAAAAUAGUACGAGACAUAGGAAAAGAAAAGGGGGCGGGGCGAGCACUUGAGACGUCCUCCUGAAAUACAAUAUCACGUGUGCAAUAUUUAUUGUCGGUGAGGCCACGACUUUUUAUUUGACAAAUAAUGACUCCCUUCACGUCGCGGUUCAAUUAGAAGGAGGAGAAGAAGGAGGUGAAGAAACCUUUGUGUUCAUUGAACGGUCUCUGGCACCAGCAGUCAGCCACUCGAUGUUCUUGUUCCUCUUUUAUUUUGGUCCCCCCCCUUUAUUAUUUUUGCUGACGUCGUCUGGACUCGCUCGGCGCAGAGUUCCCGUGACCCGUAACACGCUUGAUUAACAAAGUCAUCCGUCGCUCAGUAAUAAUGUGCAGAAUGUCCCCAAUUUACAAUAAAAUACAAAACAUGGUCUCGCAUUCUCCUCCAGUGCUUAUUUUUAUGAAUAGAAGAAGCAGAAGCUGACUCACACAUUGUAAUAUAUAUCCCUGUAUGGAGCGUCCUGUCGCUCCAUCGAUGAUUUAUUUCCAUGAGAUUAAUUGUAACUCAAGUCACAAUUAUGUUGCAUUAAAUGACACAUUUUCUAUUUA